AAAAAGGAUACGGAUGCAGUUGAAGCGUUCAUAGCCGCAGCAACUGUUUACAAAACGGCAGAAGGGAUUAGCGACGUCGACGCGUUACAAGGUCUUCCACUACUGCUUACAGACGAAGCGGCAAUAUGGUGGCAAGGAGUGAAAAGCAGCGUAUCGCAGUGGGAAGUUUUUUGUGAAAAACUGCGACACACGUUUGCUCCCAAAAAACCUGCAUACAUGGUGUGUCAUCAAAUAACACAUGAAACACAAGAAGGCAGUAUAACAACAGAGGCAUUUAUCGCAAAAAAGCGGGCAAUGUUUGCCUUGCUACCACCACCAAAACUUACUGAAACGCAACAAAUAGACCUCAUCUUUGCGCUAAUUCGCCUCGAAGUGAGGAACCGAAUGCCAAGAGACUCGGUGCCAACAUUCGAUAAACUAUUGGAAACAGCACGUGGAAUCGAGGAAACGUUACAAGAAUAUGCAGUGAGCUCAAAAUGUUCAGAACUCAGCGUAAAUAAUAAUCCUCAAGGCAAGAAACCCAAGCAGAAGUGCACUUUCUGCAAAAACCCCGGUCAUACAGCGGACGUGUGCAGGAAGAAGAAACGGGCUGAGGGCACUCUCUCCGUCCCUGUAAAGGAGGUGUCGGAAAUUCAAACUCAAGCGCCAUCUCCUUCUCAGCCAAAGUUUUCAUGCUACGGAUGCGGCGCACCCGGAGUAUAUCGUAGUAGCUGCACUACGUGCAACAAGCACGCAGCGCCAGUCAAGAAGGAAGACGUUAGUUUCUGCGCAAUCAACGUUCGGGCGGAGGAACAUGAACGACCAGUUGUGUUCCUUGAUAUUGAGGGGAUUAAAGGAACCGCCUACAUUGACACAUGCGCAAAAAUGAGUGUUGCCAGCUACUCGCUAUUCUUGGUCCUGCAAAAACGUGGAUGCAAGUUUAAGGAACAAUCAGUAGACCUAACAUUAGCUGACGGCGUGAAAAAAACACAGAUAGUGUUGAAAUGCUCCGUGAUGGUGGAAUUAUGCGGUCGAAAGGUUCUAAACCCAUUCAUCAUAUUACCAGAAGCAAAAGAGAACAAAACUCUUCUUGGUGUUGGUUUCCUGCAGGAUGCGGGCAUCGUCAUAAAUAUGCCUCAAUUCACCUGGAAUUUCAUUGAUGAACCCGACAUGCAUUAUGAGCUGUACUCGGAAGAGUUUGCCAACUUUGAGACCACUGUCAUCAGAGAAAUGACGGAAAUACCAAGUCCAGUCAGUGCCUUAUCAUCAACCAACAGUGAAGAUUCCACUAGUAUUGCGUCGGUGAUACUCACCCCUCCAUCAACACCCCCGCCAACAAUGGUACCAGCCCUUACCGGUAAUACACCAGCGAUGUCAACGCCACCAGGUGGGCAAAACGGGGAUUAUAAACUGGCACCUAUAGACCUGGCUGCCACCCCCCCAUGUAAAAAAAGGCCACGCCUGUUUGAUGGAUACUCCCCAGGGUUUGACGACUUCAUGUUGCGGGACGCGCAGAUAAGCAUUCACCGAGCAGAUGUCGAAUUGUCCCCACAGAGUGCAGGCUUAUUUAAUGCUAACAACUGGGACGUGCGCAUUGACUCCAUUGAUGUGGUUUCACAUAUAACGGAUACCCAACACGAGCAGCUGAAUAAGCUCUUACAAAACAACUGCCACGUCUUUAAUACGAAGAGUGAACCUACAAAGUUGAUAGAACAUAUUAUCAAGACAGUAGAUGAAAAGCCAAUCUCAGUCCCGCCGUACAGACUGUCGCCACCCCGUAAAGAAACCUUACAGCACGAAAUUAAAGCAAUGCUGGCGGAAGGGAUCAUUCAACCGUCCACUUCUCCCUGGGCCGCACCU